GUGAACUGCAAUCCGAGCCCAAGCCCGCUUGAGCUGCUGUACCGCUCUUGUUUACAGAAGCUACCUGCCCACGACACAAGCUGUCGCUUCCUCUGCAGAAUUGGUCUGAUGGAGCAAAGGCACUCGGCGCAGCUCGGUGCGACAAGGCAUCAAUGCGACCGGUGUGCAUACAGCACGGAUCGUCCUGCAAAUUUGACACGGCACCAGAGAACUCACACAGGAGAGAAACCCUUCAAGUGCAGUGUGUGUGGGAAGGCGUUUGCACAGUCAUCUACUCUUGUAACACACCAGAGAACACACACGGGAAAGAAACCCUUCAAGUGCAGUGUGUGUGGGAAGACGUUUGCAAAGUCAUCUACUCUUGUAACACACCAGAGAACACACACGGGAGAGAAACCCUUCAAGUGCAGUGUGUGUGGGAAGGCGUUUGCACAGUCAUCUACUCUUGUAGCACACCAGAGAACACACACGGGAAAGAAACCCUUCAAGUGCAGUGUGUGUGGGAAGACGUUUGCAAAGUCAUCUACUCUUGUAGCACACCAGAGAACACACACGGGAGAGAAAUCCUUCAAGUGCAGUGUGUGUGGGAAGGCGUUUUCACUUUCAUCUACUCUUGUAAAACACCAGAGAACACACACGGGAGAGAAACCCUUCAAGUGCAGUGUGUGUGGGAAGGCGUUUACACUUUCAUCUACUCUUGUAGCACACCAGAGAACACACACGGGAAAGAAACCCUUCAAGUGCAGUGUGUGUGGGAAGACGUUUGCAAAGUCAUCUACUCUUGUAGCACACCAGAGAACACACACGGGAGAGAAACCCUACAAGUGCAGUGUGUGUGGGAAGGCGUUUGCACUUUCAUCUACUCUUGUAAAACACCAGAGAACACACACGGGAGAGAAACCCUUCAAGUGCAGUGUGUGUGGGAAGACGUUUGCAAAGUCAUCUACUCUUGUAACACACCAGAGAACACACACGGGAGAGAAACCCUUCAAGUGCAGUGUGUGUGGGAAGGCGUUUUCAGAUUCAUCUACUCUUGUAAAACACAAGAGAACACACACGGGAGAGAAACCCUUCAAGUGCAGUGUGUGUGGGAAGGCGUUUUCAAAUUCAUCUACUCUUGUAAAACACAAGAGAACUCACACGGGAGUGAACCCCGUCAAGUGCAGUGUGUGUGGGAAGGCGUUUGCACAGUCAUCUGCUCUUGUAGAACGCCAGAGAACACACACGGGAGAGAAACCCUUCAAGUGCAGUGUGUGUGGGAUAGCGUUUGCACAGUCAGCACAUCUUCAUGUACACCAGAGAACACACAAGCAUCAGAAGAUCCACCAGGAGCAUCAAUGCGACCGGUGUGCAUACAGCACGGAUUGUCCUGCAAAUUUUACACGGCACCAGAGAACUCACACGGGAGAGAAACCCUUCAAGUGCAGUGUGUGUGGGAGGGCGUUUGCACAGUCAUCUGAUCUUGUAAUACACCAGAGAACUCACACGGGAGAGAAACCCUUCAGGUGCACUCCGUGUGGGAAGGCAUUUGCACAUUCAUCUACUCUUGUAAAACACCAGAGAACACACACGGGAGAGAAACCCUUCAAGUGCAGUGUGUGUGGGAAGGCAUUUUCACAGUCAUCUGCUCUUGUAAUACACCAGAGAACACACACGGGAGAGAAACCCUUCAAGUGCACUGUGUGCGGGAAGGCAUUUGCACAGUCAUCAAAUCUUCAUGUACACCAGAGAACACACAAGCAUCAGAAGAUCCACCAGGAGUGGAGUCUGAAAUCAGCUUGUGAAAGUCAAAGUGCUGCAAUGAGCCCAUCCCUCAUCAAACAAGAACCGGAAGAAAAUCCCAGCUUGGACACUUUUAAAGGUAACGAGGUGAAAUAUGAAGAGGUGAAGGUGAAAUUUGAAGAAGUGAUAGUGAAGAGUGAAGAAGUGAAGGUGGAAUAUGAAGAU